AAAUCGACGAAAUAUAAUGAAAAAGAAAAAUAGAUAUUAACUUAAGUUUUUUAUGGAAGAAUAUAAUUGUUGCACGAAUGACUUUGGUUCGGUUGAGAAUUUAAUCUUCAUGGCCGAAACUCGUCUCGCAGCCGUCGCCAUGUUUAGAAGUGUGUUCUUGCAAUGGGCGUGCGGUGUGACGAUGCAUUGUAAAAUAUUAAAUAUAACUCAUGCGCCGUAUAUUACGUGCAUGAGGUACCCAAUUGCGAGUCGACCCACGAGGGACACGGGCGUGACGUUCAUUCCCGUGGAUGGCGCACCUACCUCGCGGUAAUUUGUGAUUACAUUAUAUGCUGUAACGUGCAAUGAGUGAUAAACAGGGUGCACCUAUUUUAUCACCCCUUCAUCGGGGUGCGGCUAAUAAUGGCGGAAAUAACGGAAGUUCAGCUCAACAGACUGUCAGUCUGCAGCAGGUUCUUAAUUUGCUACCGCUCAAGGCCUUAACGUGCUUGCUACUACCAGUGGGCAACAGUUCGUUAACUGUUCGGUAACAGUUCAAUUUAAUCUUCAUGGAUGCCUGCAAAAUCGACAAUUUCAAUAAAAAGAACGUCAUUACGGAAGAAAUUAAUAAACGGAAAAUGAUCAAAAUAAAAUCAGAGACACAUCAGGAUUCCUUUUGGAUGCUUAGAAUGCCGAUAAUAUUUUUCAAGAUCAUUGGUCUCGCCACAUUUGCCCAUCAUAUCGUCAGGCGGAGAAAGAGACCAUCGUGCGCAUUUUAUUACUCCAAAUUUGGGAUCGUUUACAAUGUCGUAUUAAGUUGCUUAAUAAUCGCUUCGAACUAUUUGUCGAUACCGUUCAUUCUCACUGUACAAUAUGAGAAUAAGUCAAACUUAACUGUAACCCUCGAGGUUCUGCAAGCUAUACUUGGCUCCCUGGUGAUCUGCGCGAUUUUACUGUCUUACUGCAUCGAUCAGAAAUCCUUGGUGCAGAUUGUCAAUCAAUUAAUGGACGUCAAGCACGAAAUGGAUCGUCUGUAUCUUUUGUAUCGUCCGUUGCGUCGACAGCGUAUCUUCUAUGCCGUGACCAUCGUCUGCGUCUUGAAGGUUUGCUUACUGAUUCUUCUUCUGACCACUGAGACCCUAGCCUUUCACGUUGGCCCGAUCGGCUGGCUGACGGGCAUUCUACCGACUCUUCACGUGGGUUGGCUGUUGAUACAGUACUUCCUGUUGGUUACGAUCAUUCAAGCGGAUUUUGCCGAUGUGAAUCAAGCGAUAGAGAGCCUCACCGGAGUCGGCACACCUGAUCCUCAACCACAGUCUUUCUAUCAAACGCGUUGUGUUGUAUUCAGCAAUUCCACAGUUCAUCAACUGCUGCAGUUACGAGAUAUGCACUGUCAUCUUUGCGAGAUCUCCGAGGACGUGUCGGAUUUCUAUUCACUGCCCGUAUUGUUCGGCGUUACUUUUCUUUUUGUGAGACUCAUAUCUAUUGGCUAUUAUCUUCUCGCGCCAGCUCUAACCGGUGAUAUCUUAAAGUUUAUGAUUCUUAGUAACACUAUCAUCUGGUUAAUAUUUCUUAUUUAUCCCAUUUCUCUCCUCACCAACAGAAUCACCAAGACUUUAAACGAGAUAGGGAAAAUGGGCAAAAUAAUACAUAGCCUUUUAAAAUGCACGAUCAGUAAAGAGUCAAAGUCAGAGCUCAAGCAAUUUUCACUUCAAUUGUUACAUCACAAAGUACAGUUCACAGCUAAGGGAUACUUUGCGCUCGAUAACAGUUUUCUUCAUUCGCUGAUUGGCACGGUGGCGACGUAUUUGGUGAUACUUAUGCAAUUUCAAAUGGGCAGCUCAUCAGAACCGCACUGUAAUUGUACAAAGAAAGAUUUAUUAAAAGUAAAAUAAUAAAUUAAAUAUCAAAAAUAACAGACGUAAUGUAUAGCGCAAUGUUCCUUAAAUUGAUAUUUAAAAAUCAAUGAAAUGGUAUCGUCAUGCAAUUGCAGCUCUGUAACUUCCUAUAUUAUAACUUUCUGAUG